UGAUUAAAUACCUUAGACCCCGGCCCCUCACACUUGUUAUAUACAUGUUUUGUGUGGAGUGGUUUUAUAAUGGGGGUAUGCUGUUCGGUAUGCUAACUGGUUGUCCGCCAUUAAACCUGCAUUACACCACACGUACCUUUGAUAAUCAGUACACAUUGACUGACAAUUGCAACAGGGGUUGUGAAUGCACUACUAGUGUGUUUACACCUAUUUGUUCAAUGGUAGACAAGUCCACCACAUAUUUCUCCCCGUGUUUUGGCGGUUGUCAUAGAUUAGACAGAAUCACCGGGACAGUAUCCGGGUGUUCAUGUAUCCAUGGUGGACAGGCAAAAACCGGCUAUUGCCAGAGCGAUAUAGACAAUUGUAAUAAGCUGACCCAGUAUCUACUUGUAAUGACAAUGGCCGGCAUUAUAUCCUCAACAGCCAGGACUGGUAACACGUUAAUAACACUCAGGGCUAUUGAUCCUAAAGACAAGAGUUUUGCGAUGGGAGUGAUCGGCACAUUCCUGGCCCUAUUUUCGUUCAUUCCGUAUCCGUUGAUAUUCGGAGCGGUAGUCGACUCGACGUGUUUGGUAUGGGAGGAGAAGUGUGGAAAGACAGGUAACUGUUGGAUAUAUGACCAGGAUAAGUUUAGAUACUACUUGCAUGGCACGGCACUGGCAUUUAUGUGUGUUGGCUCACUCAUGGAUUUGGGUAUUAUUUUUAAUGCCAAACGUAUUAAAAACUUUUACGACGACUCCACCGAUGAUAAUGAGGAACAGGAGACUAAAAAUGGUGACAAUACUAAUAUCCCAUUAAAUACUGUCCCAGACCUUACUGGUGCUGAUCCUGAUCAUUAUAGUGGUUAUUAUAUCAAUAAUGAGGGCAAAAAAGAAGCCCAAGUUUGA